AUGUUGCAAGAUUUCCAACCAAUCAAAAAUCAGCCAUCUACCACCUUCCUUUCGACGCACAAUCACUCCCCUCUGCAGCCAGCGCAGUUUCCUACCUAUUUAUUUCCCUCCGCCCUCCACCCACUCCUCAACCUUCUCUUCUACAUCCACUCACAAAACAUCCACAUCCAUCAACCAACCAACUUCAUCAACAACUUCAAACAAACACAUCAACUCCAUCACCACACAACAAUCGCAAUGGCCCGCACCAAGCAGACCGCCCGUAAGUCCACUGGUGGCAAGGCUCCCCGCAAGCAGCUCGCUUCCAAGGCUGCCCGCAAGAGCGCCCCCUCCACCGGAGGUGUCAAGAAGCCUCACCGCUACAAGCCCGGUACCGUCGCUCUCCGUGAGAUCCGUCGCUACCAGAAGUCGACCGAGCUCCUGAUCCGCAAGCUCCCCUUCCAGCGUUUGGUUCGUGAGAUCGCCCAGGACUUCAAGUCGGACCUCCGCUUCCAGUCUUCCGCCAUCGGCGCUCUCCAGGAGUCCGUCGAGUCCUACCUCGUCUCCCUCUUCGAGGACACCAACCUUUGCGCCAUCCACGCCAAGCGUGUCACCAUCCAGUCCAAGGACAUCCAGCUUGCCCGCCGCCUCCGCGGUGAGCGCAACUAAGCGUACUGUCUUUCGAUUUUCUCUUUUCAUGGGUGGUUUACGACUCGCGUUUGGGAAUGCUUGACGAACGGACCGUCUUGGUUUUGGGGGUAAUCUGGCGUUAACAAUGCGUUGAAGAACAACGCAAGGGCUGUACAUUACAAGGCAGUAAAGGAUGACUGCAUUCAAUGGCAAACACAUUACGAACUACUU